CUGUUUCCGUGACGUCCGACCGCCGCAAGACUCUCGCCGGCCGCCGCGUCAGGCUGACACUGCCUGGUGUUUACGUUUAGCACGGGCGGCAGCGUGUGCUGCUUUGCUUUGCGGCAAAGGUAACGUUGCAUCUCGUCGUAAACACAACGCUUUUUUUAGACCGCCGGGGAGCCGCCACGGGUCCGGGUCUCCGUCCCGCACGUAUCAGAGACUCCACGCAGCACUUUUCUCAUUCAAACGUCAGACGCUGUUAUUUCGGAGUACACGUCACACACUGAGCGCAGACACGGCAGCCACAUGUAAAGAUGAGCGUCCCAGACUACAUGCAAUGUGCCGAGGACCACCAGACUGUGCUUGUGGUGGUCCAGCCGGUCGGCAUAGUACCCGAGGACCAGUUCUUCAAGAUCUACAAACGCAUCGCCAGCGUGAGCCAGGUGAGCAUCAGGGACUCGCAGCGCCUCCUCUACAUCCGCUACCGCCACCACUACCUGCCUGAAAACAACGAAUGGGGAGAUUUCCAGACGCACCGCAAGGUGGUGGGCCUGAUCGCUAUCACCAGCUGCGGCUCAGCUAAGGAGUGGCCCCAGACCGCUGAGCGCUUCCACGGCCAAAAGGAAGUGUACAGCUCCACGCUGUAUGAUUCGCGGUUGUUGGUGUUUGGGCUGCAGGGCGACAUUGCCGAGCAGCAGCGCACCGAUGUGGCCUUCUACCCCAGCUUUGAAGACUGCUCAGAUGUGGAGAAGAGAGUGGAAGACUUUGUGGAGUCGAUAUUUAUCGUUCUGGAGUCCAAGCGGCUUGACCGGGCCACAGACAAGUCUGGUGACAAGAUCCCUCUGCUCUGUGUGCCCUUUGAAAAAAAGGACUUUGUGGGUUUGGACACAGAUAGCAGGCAUUAUAAGAAGCGUUGCCAGGGACGGAUGAGGAAGCAUGUUGGGGACUUGUGUCUCCAGGCAAGCAUGCUGCAGGACGCCCUGGUCCAUUACCACAUGGCCGUGGAGCUGCUCAGAGGGGUUAAUGACUUCCUCUGGCUGGGUGCUGCAUUGGAGGGUUUGUGUUCCGCCUCUGUUAUAUUCCACUACCCUGGGGGCACAGCGGGGAAGACGGUAGGACGCAAGCCAAGUAUCUCCCAGCCAGCAGAUGCAGGGAAACGCCACAGACCAGGGGCUCAAGAGGUUCUCAUUGACCCAGGUGCCCUCACAGCCAACGGCAUUAGUGCUGAUACCAGCACUGAGAUUGGACGAGCAAAGAACUGCCUGAGUCCUGAGGACAUUAUCGAGAAAUACAAAGAGGCCAUCUCCUACUAUGGCAAGUAUAAGAAUGCAGGCGUGAUCGAGCUGGAGGCCUGCGUGAAAGCGGUCAGGGUGCUUGCCAUUCAGAAGAGGGCCAGGGAGGCUUCAGAGUUCCUGCAGAAUGCUGUUUACAUCAACCUGGGACAGCUAUCAGAGGAGGAGAAGAUCCAGCGCUACAGCAUCCUGUCCGAGCUCUAUGAACUGAUUGGCUUUCAUCGCAAGUCAGCGUUUUUCAAGCGUGUUGCAGCUAUGCAGUGUGUGGCUCCCACCAUCCCCGAGCCCGGCUGGAGGGCCUGCUACAAGCUGCUGCUGGAGACAUUGCCUGGAUACAGCCUGUCACUUGAUCCCAAGGAUUUCAGCAAAGGUACGCACAAAGGUUGGGCUGCUGUACAGAUGCGCCUCCUGCAUGAACUGGUGUACGCCUCGCGGCGCAUGGGUAACCCUGGUCUGUCUGUGCGCCACCUGUCCUUCCUGCUGCAGACCAUGCUGGACUUCCUGUCUGAUCAAGAGAAAAAAGAAGUGACCCAGAGUCUAGAGAACUACACCUCCAAGUGUCCCGGUGGAAUGGAGGUCAUCACCCUUCCUGAUGGCCUGAAGCUCCCUCCGGUGCCUUUUACCAAGCUUCCCAUAGUCCGAUCCGUGAAGCUCCUCAAUUUGCCUGUCAGUCUGCGCCCCCACAAAGUGAAAGUCCUGCUGGGACAGAAUAUGUCCACUGCCAGCCCCUUCAUCUACUCGCCAAUCAUCAUGCACAACAGAGGAGAGGAGCGCUGUAAGAAGAUAGACUUCCAGUGGGUCCAAGGAGAUGUUUGUGAAGUGCAGCUCAUGGUCUACAACCCCAUGCCUUACGAACUUCGAGUAGAGAACAUGGGUUUGCUGACCUCUGGAGUGGAGUUUGAAUCUCUGCCUGCUGCACUGUCCCUGCCCGCGGAGUCUGGACUGUACCCUGUCACUCUGGUUGGCGUCCCACGUACAGCUGGCAACAUCACUGUCAACGGUUACCACACGUCAGUGUUUGGUGUGACCAGUGAUUGCCUGCUGGAGGGCCUGCCUGGUGUGAAGACUAGUGGCUGCUUGGUGGAGGUCGUUCCCUCGCUUCCUCGCCUCCAGCUCAGCACAUCACUACCACGGUCAGCGCACACGCCUCAGCCCAUGUCCAAAGAAGAACUGUCCAGCACUGUGUCUGUCCAGCUUUUCAAUGGAGAGACCCAGCAGCUGACCAUCACCUUGGAGAACAUUGGGUCUGAGGACAUUGAGACUCUGGAGCUCACCUCUAAGAUUGUCAGCACCAAAGAGAAGGUGUUUGGGGAGUUUCUGAGCUGGGAGCUGGAGGAGCCUUUGUCUCACCUGCCUCUAAAGCCUGGCCAGGCUUUGACACUGACUGUCAAUAUCAAAGUCAAGCUGGACUUCUCUGGUCAGGAGAACCUGCUGCAGGACCUCAAUGAUGAUGGGAUCAGUGUGACAGGCCUGCCAAUCUCCAGUCCGCUGCGCCAAGUCCUCAAACCCAGGCCCGAGACCAAGCCUGUCAGCAGUGAGUCUGGCAAAGCGGAGUACAGCCCUAUUAAGACUUUGGAAGCAGUGCUGAACUUCAAGUACUCUGGGGGAGCAGGCAAAGUGGAGGGCUACUAUAGGGAACUGUCUCUGGGAGUCCAUGUUGAUGUGGAGCCUUCUGUGUUCUUUACCAGAGUCAGCACCCUCCCUGCUACCAGCACCCGCCAGUGUUAUCUGCUACUCGACAUCUUCAACCCAACAGAGCAUGAGCUCACCGUCAGCGCCAAGAACAACCAGGACCUGGUUCUCCAUGCCAGCGAGUGCCAGAGAAUGGCUAUCCAGGUUGACAAGUUUGACUUUGAGAGUCUGCCACAGCUGGACCAGGAGACAGCUCGCUUCACUAACCCAAAACAGCUGGAGGAGGAGCGACAACAUGCCCAGGGCUGCCAGAUUAACAGCAAGCUGGGCAUCUGUUGGAGCAUCCCCUCCCUGCGGCGCUGUGGAGAGGCCAGCGUGGAGGGAGUCCUCAACCAGCUGGUCCUGGAGCACCUACAGCUUGCUCCUUUGCAGUGGGAUGUGCUUGUGAAUGGGAAACCAUGUGACUGCGAUGUCAUUGCCGACUGUAAAGUGGGCAACGCUGUGACCCUGGAGGUAAAACUGACCAAUAUGAGCAAGAACUCGGUGGGACCCCUGGCUCUGACUGUGGUGCCCUAUCAGGACUACCAGAACGGAGUCCAAAACUACGAUCUGGAGGAAGCUGUUACCUUCAUCGGCUCCAACACCUUCUACAUCGACGCGGUUAAACCUAAAGAAAGUGCUGUCUGUGUGGGUGCUCUGCUCUUCCUCUACACUGGAGAUUUCUACCUUAAUAUCAAGUUCCAGGAUGACAGUGCUGGACGAGAGCUUCCCUUAGCUUGGUUCACUCUGCCCAGUGUCCACAUUAAAGCUCUGGACACUCCGCUACAGGCCGGGGCCUAGGUUCCGAGGGACCACAACAUCAUAGAUCUGAGUGAAGGAGGGAGGGUUUUGUUGUCGAUGUCUGUAAAUACAAUGGCCUUAUGAGUUGAAUCACUUGUAAAUAUCAUUUUGUUAAACGUUACAGCAUGUGUACAGUAGAGAGCAAGGGGAUUUCAAAUCUUAUCUUAAGAACAUUUGAAUUUUCUGUUUACAGGUUACACACAGUUUACAGGUGUGGUCAGAAAGACCCUAAAGCAAAUUUUACAUAAUGUGUGAUUGUAUAGAAAAUCAAUGGAAAGAUGAACAACUGUCCCCAGGCUUUAUGACUCAUAAGCUUCAUAAACGUACAGAGACGAGAGGAAAAAGGAGAGAGACUGAAGGCAAAAUGACAGACCUGGAGUUCCUGGCGAGUUCUGAUAUUUAAAGUCUGAGCUGAACAUGAACUGACACAGACACACUUCCGCACACUAUUGCUUCAAAUAAAAACAGACUGCAAAAACGGUUCAGAAGUCAAAUGUGCAGAGGUAAUGCGAGGCAAAUUUUGCUUCACUGUCCUGUCUGAACAUCUGAAGUGCUCGGUAUCACCAGCAUGUGUAUCAAAAAUCAGUUCAUUUCAGAGGAAUCACAACAGUGGACUCACUUGGGGAGACAGGUAAUUUUUCCCCGUCCUUUUGCGUUGAUUGUCGUUUUGAUACACAAGUUUGCAACUCUGACCAAUAGCAAACCAUGCUGGCAAAUGCUGAUCUUUGAGGGAACGGAGCCAGUGAGUCCGUAAUGGAGUAAGUUAUCUUAUCAGCUGCAUUGCACCAUCCAUUUUUGGAUGUAAUUGGCGACCAAGCCAGUUAGCAUAUUUACUGGUAGCUAGCAAGCUAGCUUGGCAAGCUAGUUUGUUAGCUACCAAGUCACUAAGCUUCCAGUAGCACCUUUUUUCACGAGGAUGCAAAUGAAUUUGGCUGCGUGACUUUGUGGUGCAGCCAGGCGCUUAACACCAUUGUCACACUUUUUCUUCUCCUUGCUUUUUGAAUUACAGAGCCAUUGAUUCAGUUGAUUUUUUUAUAUCACAAUAAUAUAUAUAUAAUAUUGGUGGAGAGAGAAUUAGAAGAAGAUGUUAGCAUAAGUGGGCUAAAGACCUCAGAGUUGGUAUUGUUGGCUGAGAUGAUCUUAACAAGAACAAGGGGAAUGUGAUCAGCCAUAAUCUGCGUGUAGCCAGUCAUGUACUGUACUGAUAUAAAUUCAAUUAUUUGGACCGCUGUUUGGGCAUUUUCUUUUGCCUAUGUGCCACCACACUGGAAUACUUAUGAAUCUGACUAUCUUAAAUUUGCGCCUCAUUAUGUCUUACAUAUAAUUGUUGUCAAUAAAUGUUAAAAAGAA